AUGCAUACAUUAAAUACUGUUGUUUUCUAUGGGAAUGGGACACUGUGCAAGAGAUGUCCACCCACCGAUCAGGAAAGACUGGCCAUCUCGUCAAUUAUGGAAGGAUUCAAGUACUUGAGAACAAAAUUCUCGUCGUCAAAAGAAGAAAUCUUGAUCGGCCUUCAGAUUUGUUUGCUUCUUAAAAAUGGCGACCUUGAAUCAGCACCUCACGGGGAGGAGAAAGAUGCUUGGGAAGCAUUCAAGAUGUUUCAGCCGUGGAAAGGUGCUAUCGGGGUGAAUGGAGUACAAUCACGAUCGCAGACCACUGCUGGUCUUCGGCCAGAGAUGUUUCUUCAGCCGAAUAAAAGUGUAUAG